ACUUCCACUGUGAAUCACCAAACUAACAUGACCAAGGAACUUCUCUGGAAUAAAAUCCCAAUAAUCCAAACAGAGCUCAACUUAAGCAAGGUGCUUCGUUGUGGACAAACCUUCAGAUGGAAAAACAUAAAUCAUGAAUGGUCAUUUACUACCCAAGACCGCAUAAUCUUACUUAAACAAGAUGACCAAUUUAUCCACUACUCUCAUAUAAUGAAACAUGACACAAAUGGUACAUCUAGUCAAACCUUGGAUUUCCUUCAUGAUUACUUUUCACUAGACUUGAAAUUAGCCGAUUUGUACACCCUGUGGAAAACUAGCCAUAAAAAGUACGAAAAGGGUAUAUCUCCCUUUGAUGCUUUCCAAGGGAUCAGAAUCAUAAGACAAGAUCCCUGGGAAUGUCUCAUUUCCUUUAUUUGCUCCUCCAAUAACAACGUCAAACGUAUUUCGAAAAUGUGUGACAGCCUCUGUCUGGAAUUUGGCACCUACAUCAACGAAUACAACGACUACAAGUACUAUUCGUUCCCCACGGCCGAAACCCUCGCCCAGCCUGAUGUCGAAGCUAAGCUUCGUGAUUUAGGGUUUGGCUAUCGUGCCAAGUACAUCCACCAGACCGCAAUGAAGUUCACCAGCCCUGACUUUCCGGAAAUCACCAUAGAAAACUUGAACAGUUUGCGCAGUAAGGACUAUACUGAAGCCCAUGAGUUCUUGUUACAACUCACUGGAGUCGGACCUAAAGUUGCUGACUGUAUUUGUCUCAUGUCAUUAGACAAACACGAUAUCGUACCUAUCGACACGCACGUGUACCAAAUCGCAGUUAGAGACUUUAAAUAUAAGGGGAAGAAGGAGUUAAAGACUAUGAAUAAAGAAGUUUAUCACCAGAUUAGAACAUUCUUUAAGGAGAUAUUCGGGGAUUAUGCCGGGUGGGCUCAAUCUGUGUUAUUUGCAGCUGAUCUUGGUGAUUUGAAUAAUGGUACUAAUAUCAUUGAUAUAAAGAAGGAAAUCAGCAAGGAAAAAGCGGAACCAGUAAGUAGAUCAAGGAAAAGAAUCAAAGUGGAAGCUUAAUAGACAAUAUACAGUACAAUAAGAAGUUGAAAUGGUACCCAAUAACUCUCUCAAUACUAAUCUUGCUCUUUAUACAAGCAGAAAUAUUAAACCCUUUUUAGCCUAUUACCAUAUAGCUUCUCCUACUAUACUUGCAGAAAUUCAUUCAUGGGAGAUUUGUAGUCCCACUAGUAUAUAUAAUCAAAGAUACAGGUGGUACCUUUUUCGACAAGGUAUUCCGCGACGAUACAACACUGGUAUAAAGGCCAAGCUAGAAAUAAUCAUGUUUCGUGUACAUUGUUCAAGAAUAGCGUUCUGAGUUGAGCUUGGUAGAUGUAUAUGAUUUCACGUUGAUCCGCCUAUGGGUUCUGUGGGCUAACAAAGUCAUAGUUCUUUUUGUAAAGAGUUUACUUCUAUAGAUUAAACCUG